AUGACAAAGCGUACAGAUCUUAGACAUGUGAAAUCAACAUUUGCUGCUACUCCAUCUCAUAGAAGGGAAGUAUGCCGUCUCAUCCCAUCUUCCACCAGUGACCACAGAAGGUUUCAGGAUUUCAUAUCAUACUUAAAGCAGAGGGAUUGUGCUGGGGUUAUUAAAAUCCCAGCUUCAAAAUCCAUAUGGGCAAGGCUGCUCUUCAUUCUCCCCCACUCACUUGAAACCUGCUCUUUGCUUUCUAUUGCACCUGAUCCCUCAGAUUGCCUCAUUGCUUUGAAGGUUGCAUUCAAGGCUCUUCAAGUUCCAGCAUAUUGCAACCGCUGA